GGGGCUGCCUGCGGAAGGGGCCGUGCGCGUGGGGUCGUUCCGCAGCUGCGAGUUCAUGGCGUCCCGGUGCUCCGAGCCCGACCCGGAGGUCUCCGGAGUCCCCACUGCCAGGGGAUGCAACGGCUCCUCCCUGUCUGGUGCCCUCUCCUGCUGCGAGGACUCGGCCCAGGGCUCGGGCCAGCCCAAGGCCCCUACGGUGGCCGAGGGUCCCAGCUCCUGCCUUCGGCGGAACGUGAUCAGCGAGAGGGAGCGCAGGAAACGGAUCUCGUUGAGCUGUGAGCGUCUGCGGGCCCUGCUGCCCCAGUUUGAUGGCCGGCGAGAGGACAUGGCCUCAGUCCUGGAGAUGUCUGUGCAGUUUCUGCGGCUUGCCAGCGCCCUGGGGCCCAGCCAGGGGCAGCAUGCUAUGCUUGCUUCUUCCAAAGAAAUGUGGCACUCGUUGCAGGAGGACGUCUUACAGUUGACGCUGUCGAGUCAGAUUCCAGCAGGCGUGCCAGACUCUGGGACGGGAGUGUCUGGCGGGACUCGAACUCCAGAUGUGAAGGCGUUUCUGGAAAGUCCUUGGUCCCGGGAUCCGGCAUCGGCCGGCCCAGAGCCCCUGCCCCACGUCCUUGCGUCCUCCAGGCAUUGGGACCCUCCGAGCUGCACGUCCCUGGGCACAGACAAGUGUGAGGUGCUGUCGGGGCUGUGUCAGGUGCGGGGCGGGCCGCCCCCUUUCUCAGAACCUUCCAGCUUGGUGCCGUGGCCCCCAGGCCCGAGUCUUCCUAAGGCUGUGAGGCCACCCCUGUCCUGGCCUCCGUUCUCGCAGCAGCAGACCUUGCCUAUGAUGAGUGGGGAGGCCACUGGCUGGCUGGGCCAGGCUGGGCCCCUGGCCAUGGGGGCUGUACCUCUGGGGGAGCCAGCUGAGGAGGCCCCCAUGCCUGUGCAGGAGGCCAGGUCUGUGUUGGGGUCUGAUAUGGAGGAUGGGACGUCCUUCCUGCUGACUGCCGGUCCCAGCUGGUGGCCGGGGUCUCUGGAGGGCCGAGGAGGCAGUGGCCCUGCAUGGGCUCCAGCUGAGAGCAGUCUACUGGAUCAGGGAGAGCCAGGCUUCCUAGGGGACCCUGAGUCUGGCUCCCAGGAGCUCCAGGACAGCCCUCUGGAGCCGUGGAGCCUAGAUGUGGACUGUGCAGGCCUGGCCCUGAAAGACGAGAUGGAAAGCAUCUUCCCUGACUUCUUCGCCUGCUAGCAGCCGGGCUGUGGAGAGGAGGCAGGCAGGGCCGGUGGAUCUGGAGCCGCGUGUGUCCCUGUCGUGUGCUUGGGCAUUUUAUUUUGGGUUUGGGUUGCAGCUGCACCCUAAUUUGAGCGAGGCUUACAGGCUGUGACAAGAGGAUACUGAAUAUUAAAGAGAGAAAGCAGUUUUCCUGGAGGAAGC